AUGAUGCCCCGCUGCGAGAGUUCCAAGCGAAAUGAGCAGAGCUUGAUGGACGCCGUCGACAAGGCGUUCAUGCGCAAGGUGGACGGCAGGCCCUACAGCGUCUACGCCAACAGCGGGCUGAUCCUCGGCAAAGCAGACGCAAUGCUGAGCCUCACCAGCCAAGUGGCCGAGAUCGCGGCCGAGUGCCGCUUCUGGAUUUCCGACCAGAGCUUCGUCAAUUUAGUCCGCUAUUACAUGAUGAAGGAGCGCGGCGAGGACAAGGUCUUGAUGUUCCCAGACAUGGAGAAGACUGCCUCCCUUGGCCAUUACAGCUGGUACUUCUGGACGGAGGACGGCUGGCUUGCCAACAAGGACACGAAGGAGAAGUUGUAUGUGGUCCAUCAGUACGACCGCGCGCCGCAGGCUAAGAUGCUGACGGAGCUGAUCUGGAACAAGACGGCCGAGUGGAUCCGCAAGCACGUCAUGGCCGUCGUGUAUCACAGGUUCACCCGGUACUACAGGUACGCCUCCCGCGAGGCCCAGCGGCUGGAGUCGAUCACGCGCAGCCCCAUCUUCGCGCUCCUGACCGAGUCCCAGGCGGGCGUGGCCACCAUCCGCGGCUACGGCAUCGGCCGUGGGCCUCGGACCCUCGCCGCCGGGGUCGCCACUAUCUUACCGAAGCUCGCGUCUGAGCUCGAUGUUACCAGCAAUGCUUCGGCCGUCGUGCAAGGAAGGGUCCUUCGAGUCGACGUAGUCGGGCAGGGGUUUCAGCUGGUGCACUUCAAUAUCCACAAUCAUGGUCUCAAUGCAAUGCAGAUUGACGAGAUAUGUGCGGAGAUCGACGCUGCGCGGGUACGGGCAGCCGCUGACCCUCUUCACUUCUUGGUGAUCGUGCAGGGCGACCUCAACUUCGGCCCUGAUGAGGCGUUGCUCCUCCAACGGACAUUAGGACUUUUUCUGGAGAUUUCUUCGGAGUCACCGACGCACUACACAAAGGACACCAACUCGGUCAGCUGCCUCGAUCGGUUCUUCUGCUCGGUGCCAGGAUGGAUGAUGUGCCAAAUGUGUGCGGAGUCCUCCACCAUCGGAGAGCCCGAAGAAUUAUCUCGUUCUUUGAUAUCGGACCACGCUGCUCUGCUCACGGUGCUUCGUCAACGUCACGCGCGCCCCAGAUCUGAGCAGCCAGUUCCUCGCCAUAUCUUCGAGAGCCCUCUUUUUCGGCAGCGUAUUGAGGGCAUGUUCAAAGACGGCGCUGGCGCUGAGACGGUGUGCUCGGCGGCAGUCUACCAGGAACACUUCAAGGAUAUGUUGAAAGAGGAUGUGCGCGAGCAGUAUGGAGUCAAGAUCUUCCUCUCGCCCGUCGGCUGGUGGCGACCUCGGCUACCGCAGCUGGCAUGCUCGACAUCGGAGGUUCACAAGUCGUCCUUCGGCAUCCUGAAUCGUUGGUUCUGCGUGCUGUUCGAGACGGCAAUCGGCUUGCUGCUUCUCCUGAGGAAAGGGUUGCUGCCCUCACGGAGUAUUGGCGUCCUGUCUUCUCGCGCUCGGAAGUCGAUCUCGAAGCCGCUCAGACUUAUAUCGAACAGCAGUGUCCCUCACCUGUGCUCCCAGACGUCCCACCACCUUCGAGAGCGACGCUUCGAAAUAUUGUUUCUCGUGCUCGCCACUCUGCCCCUGGGAUCGACGGACUGCCGUGCGCCGCAUGGGCUGCUGCCGAUUGCUGCCUGGAAGUAUUAUGUCUUAUGA